AUGCGCGGGCGGGCCACAGGAAAUAUCCUCGGCAACACGUAUCGCAUUUAUUGUGAAGAUAGUCGCCUACUGAGCACGUACAACGUACAGCACAGUACACGUACACUGUAUACAGCGUGCACACAAAACUCGACUAGUGCGCGGACAGUUAAAACAACGUACGCGCGCGUAUGGCAUCGUAAUGCCCUUGUUGUUGCGGUCGCGGCGUUCGUAACUAUCGCGCCGGGCGAAAAGGGGUACGAGCCGGACGCCAUGAUGGAAACCGUGCGGCUACCAACCACGACGGACCACGAAACCAGUUUCCGCCGCGCGGCCGGUCAUCGCGUGGAUUCCGUGCCCGGCCACUGGUACCCACAAUAA